CGCCUGCCCGGAGUGCUUUCGACCAGAACUCGGGUCGUCCAAGGCGGAGCACUUUGUGCCCUGCGUUGCCAAUGCGGUUCGUCGGCCGUGCGCCCUAGCGCUAAGCCCGCCCCUUCCCUUCUCCAAAGCCUUGCUACGACCUGACCCAUCACCAACCACGCUCUCAUUUUCACGCCGCAUUCUUCACGCACGCAGCGCCCCAGAGUCGACAGCUACCCGGCUGCACUCUCCUCUCCGCCCCCAGCCUCAGUGAAAGCUGCGGCUCCUCAGCUGCACCACCCGCACGACCGCACAAUGGCAUCCGGCAGCAGCUCCUCCAACGUCGUGGGCGUGCACUAUCGCGUCGGCAAGAAGAUUGGCGAGGGCUCGUUCGGCGUCAUCUUCGAGGGCACCAACCUGCUCAACCAGCAGCAGGUCGCCAUCAAGUUCGAGCCGCGCAAAAGCGACGCUCCCCAGUUGCGCGAUGAGUACCGUACCUACAAGAUCCUCGUGGGAUGCCCUGGCAUCCCCAAUGUGUAUUACUUCGGGCAGGAGGGCCUCCACAACAUCCUGGUCAUCGACCUGCUAGGCCCCAGCUUGGAGGACCUUUUUGACCACUGCAACCGGAAGUUCUCCAUCAAGACUGUUGUCAUGGUAGCAAAGCAGAUGCUGUCCCGUGUGCAAACCAUCCACGAGAAGAACCUCAUCUACCGCGACAUCAAGCCCGACAACUUCCUCAUUGGCCGACCUGGCUCCAAGGCCGCUAAUGUCAUCCAUGUUGUUGACUUCGGCAUGGCCAAACAGUAUCGCGAUCCCAAGACAAAGCAGCACAUCCCCUACAGAGAACGCAAGUCGCUUUCCGGAACCGCGCGAUACAUGAGUAUCAACACGCAUCUUGGGAGAGAGCAGUCGCGACGGGAUGAUUUGGAGGCGCUUGGUCACGUUUUCAUGUACUUUCUCCGCGGCGGACUUCCGUGGCAGGGUCUCAAGGCGGCCACCAACAAGCAGAAGUACGAGAAGAUUGGCGAGAAGAAGCAGACUACGCCGAUCAAGGAUCUCUGCGACAGCUUUCCUGAGGAGUUCAACAAGUACCUCAGCUACGUCCGCAACCUCGGCUUCGAGGACACGCCCGACUACGACUACCUACGCGAGCUGUUCACGCAGGCGCUCAAGAGCACUGGCGAAGUGGAAGACGGCGAGUACGACUGGAUGAAGCUCAACAACGGCAAGGGUUGGGAACAGAUGAAGUCGCAUCCAUCAGCUGUCCAGCAGCUGCACCACAGCAACGUGAACCCAAACUCAUCGACCGCGGUCAACGUUCAUGGCCAGCCCCACGCCAGGCAACAGAAGACACACCUCCCGAUCGACCACCACCGAUUGAACGCGGAUCUCCCAAAGCCCGGAGCGACACGAGGCCCGCCCGGAAGAAGCCCAAGAGAUCUCCAGCAACGCGGCAGCCAUCCCGACGCGGUCAAGCGGAAGAGCGCAGCCGAGCUCGCACCGCCGGAAGGCUCUACGCAAGCCCAAUUCCAGCACAGCCAGCCGAACCUGACGAGCAACCGCGCAACACCUGCGGCGAGCCCGAACGCGCAGCCACCCCGGCAACAACAGGCUGACAAGCCGAGCUUUGGAAAGAAAUUGAUGAACGUGCUUUGCUGUGGCGGAGGCGGGUCCUAGGUGGCCUGUUGCUGGCGCUGGAAGCAGUGUCUAAAAUGCCUGGGUAUCAUGCCCCAGCACGAUCCAAGCGUUAGUCUCUAACAUCACAUUUUCCUGCGGUCAUAUUGCAUUCUGGAGUUCCGUCCUUGAGCGAAGCGACGGCCGUCCUCCAUCCAUCACAUUGGUUUUUGCGUUCUCUGAAGUCCC